CGGCAUUCCACCAACCUCAGAAGUGAGAACAUCUCAUACACUCGCACAAACAAACAAUGGAAAGCUUCGAGAACGCCUAGCUGCUCCUCAUUUACGUCAGAGCCAGACCAAAACUAUUCACCCAACACCAGCGGGAGCACUACCUUGACGAUCAUGGCGACCGCUCCUGUCACGGUGGUGCCACGCGUGAAGCUGGGCUCCCAGGGGAUGGAGGUCUCGGCGCAGGGCCUCGGCUGCAUGGGUAUGUCCGCCUUCUACGGCCCGCCCAAGCCGGAGCCAGACAUGGUCGCGCUCAUCCACCACGCCGUCGCCGCCGGCGUCACCCUGCUCGACUCCUCCGAUAUCUAUGGGCCGCACACCAACGAGAUCCUCCUCGGCAAGGCGCUGCUAGGGGGCGUGAGGGAGAGGGUAGAGCUGGCCACCAAGUUCGGCAUCUCUUUCGCCGACGGCAAGCGGGAGGUUCGCGGGGAUCCGGCCUACGUGCGGGCGGCGUGCGAGGGCAGCCUCAAGCGGCUCGGCGUCAGCUGCAUUGACCUUUACUACCAGCACCGCGUCGACACCAGGGUGCCUAUCGAGGUCACGGUGGGGGAACUCAAGAAGCUUGUCGAAGAAGGAAAAAUAAAAUACAUCGGAUUAUCUGAAGCAUCUGCAUCAACAAUCAGGAGGGCUCAUGCUGUUCAUCCCGUCACUGCAGUUCAGAUGGAGUGGUCACUGUGGUCUAGAGAUGUCGAAGAAGACAUAAUUCCAACCUGCAGAGAACUUGGAAUUGGAAUUGUUGCUUACAGCCCACUUGGUAGAGGAUUCUUCUCUAAAGGAGCAAAAUUGGUUGACUCACUAUCAGAUCAGGACUUCCGCAAGCAUUUACCUAGAUUUCAACCAGAGAGUCUCGAGAAGAAUGCCCAGAUAUUUGAGCGUGUUGACGUGAUGGCUACAAGGAAAGGAUGCACACCAUCACAACUUGCCUUGGCUUGGGUUCACCACCAGGGAAGCGAUGUUUGCCCCAUACCUGGCACAACAAAAAUCGAAAAUUUCAACCAAAAUGUGGGAGCACUAGCUGUGAAACUCACACCAGAGGAAAUGGCUGAACUCGAGUCUUAUGCCGCUGCAGGUGAUGUUCAGGGUGACAGGUACCCUCCAAUGGUUAGUACCUGGAAGGAGUCUGAGACCCCUCCAUUGUCAUCUUGGAAAGCUGAGUAGGCAGUUUCAUCUCCUCAACAAACUACAGUAUUAUGCAUGAAUAUGAACUGAGCUGUGAUGUGUGUAUUUUAUGCUUGGUUGCCGAUUUACCCCCGCUUAAAACAAUGUCAUUGUUACCAAGGCUUCGGUAUUUUAUUGAACAACAAAAGCUUAAUAUGUGGGCAAAACGAAUAACCCUGUUUAAAUUAUGUAAUUAAACCGUGGGCCGAGUAGGUGAAGAGGCCAACGGUGGUUACCAUAGAUGGCUCAGCCUUUACAUGGCCAAACAAUCCAGUUUGGAAGAUUGGACCGAA